CGGUAAAUUUGGUGAAAAGUUUUAGCUGUACUUUUGUUUUUAAACAGAAUAAGUUGAUUUCCUCUCAGGUAGUUUAGUGAUUAAUGGAAAAAUGCAGAGCAUUUAUAUUUUAAAAGCUACUUGAAAUAAAAAUAAAGUAUAAAUGAUGAUUAAGUCAUCGACGAAGUAGGUCAACGUGUGUUCACCUUCCUUCUAACCUUUUUAGAUCGCCCAUUUUGUGAUCCACGCGUUUCUAUCAGUUCGUGCGGACUUUUGUUUUUUUUUACCAUGGCACCUGCAAAGAAACCUGGUGCCGCUGCAAAAAAGACACCGACGACAACAGUCACUUCUGCGAAAGUAGGAAAGACGGCUGCCAAACCAACGGGAGGUGCGACGGCAGCGAAAUCGGCCCCUGCCCCGGCUGCCAAACCUGCCCCUGCGAAACAGGCGACGGCGAAGCCUGCACAGCAGAAGCAGACGACGAAGCAGCCUCAGGCAGCGACCAAAGCCGCCGCUCCUGCUGCGAAGCAGGUGACGGCGCAGUCUAAAGCUGCACCUGCACCGAAGGCGCCUGCGGCAGCCAGUAAACCCGCUGCUCAGACAAAGCCGGCUCCGGCUGCACAAAAACCCACGACAGCUCCGGCUGCUAAGAAACCAGCGGCAGCCCCAGCACAGAGUGGCGCUUUGAAAAAAGCCGUUCAGCCUAAAAAGGCACUAGGUGCUUCGAAAAAACCACACCAAGGUGUGAAGAAACAAACUCUUAAAGGGAAAGGACAAAAGAAAAAGAAGGUCUCUUUAAAGUUUGUUAUCGAUUGUACACAUCCGUAUGAAGAUAAAAUCAUUGAUGUUGCUAACUUUGAAAAGUAUCUUCAGGAAAGAAUAAAAGUGAAUGGAAAAACCAACAAUUUUGGAAACAACCUUCAGCUAGAGAGAAAUAAGAUGAAAAUUAUUGUAACAUCAGAUAUUCACAUGUCUAAAAGAUAUUUGAAGUAUCUCACGAAAAAGUAUCUGAAAAAAAAUAACCUCCGAGAUUGGCUUAGAGUUGUUGCAAGUUCUAAAGACACCUAUGAACUUAGGUACUUCCAGUUCAACAGCCAAGAAGAUGAAGAUGAUGAGGAUAAUGAUUGAAAUCAUUGCUUUUAAAAUAUGAUAUUUUGUAAAUUCUUUGUAACCAAAAGUUUACAAAACAGUUGUAA